GUGAACCGAACCGGACGCAGAGACUCGGCAGCAGAGACUCGAAUCCCAGACACGGUUGGACACAUGGACUUCUACGAGCCGACACCGCUGGCGGUGGGCUAUGGCAAUGGGAGCCGCGAGUGGUUCGUCGAGCGCUGGAACUCGCUGCUGGACGUGAUCGGUGACGACCAAGAGACGCUCUACGUCUGGGUUUUGUCUUUCUACACGAACCUCAUCUAUUGGGCGCUGGCCGGCGUCUUCGUGGCGAUGGAUCUGACCGAGUGGCCCCGGUUUAUGCGCAAGUACAAGAACCAGCCGGGGGCGAACGAGCCGCUCGAUUGGGGCAAGUUCAAGAAGCUAGUGAAAACGCUGCUCUUCAAUCAGACCGUGGUCGGCAUUCCGGUCGCGUACGUGUCGUUUCACCUCAGCCAACACGGUAUCCCGCCACCGAGGGCGCUUCCUUCCGGGUGGACGGUCGCCCGUGACUUUGCCGUCUGCAUCACGCUGUGGGAGAUCACGUUCUACUACAGCCACCGGGCGCUGCACUCGCGCUUCCUGUACCGGCACGUCCACAAGAAGCACCACGAAUGGACGGCCCCGGUGGCGCUGGCCGCCAUGUACGCCCAUCCGUUCGAGUACGUCAUCAGUGACCUGCUGCCGGUGUUUGCCGGCCCUGCCGUGAUGAAGUGUCACGUGGCGACCACCGCGCUCUGGUUUGCGUUCGUGAUGGUGGACACGGUGCUGGACCACUGCGGCUAUCACCUGCCGUUCCUGUCGAGCCCGGAGUCGCACGACUAUCACCACCUCAAAUUCAACCAGUGCUACGGGCUGUACGGCUGGAUGGACUGGUUCCACGGGACAGACGCGGACUUUCGCAAGAAGAAACAGUUCCAGCGUCACCACCGUAUCAUGGGCUUCCAGUCGGCCCGGGAGCUAGUGCCGGACAAGUGGUGCCCGCCGCCCGGGAACCCAGAACCCCCGGCGACCCACCAGCAGGCUGUUAAGGGGCUAGAGGCUAGCGACUAGAUUUUAAGUUUUGGGGGACUACCCACCGCGAUCACGCAAAUCACUGACACCCCGGA